UUCAGGAAUCCCACGUGACGUCACCCCGGGGUGACGUUAUGCUUCUCUAAAUAGAUCGCAUUGUAAUCCUUUCUCAGUCCAACGUGGUUUCUUCUCGGAGGCUGCUUCACAUUUUCUACACUUGUUUGGUAAGUUGAACGCCCUGCCACCAUGCAGACCCUCGUGCACGAGCCUCUGCAGUUUUAUGAGACGCUGGCCAGAGGGAUGAACUCAGACCAGGAAAGGCCAUUCAUGUGCAACGCUCCUGGCUGCUCUCAGCGUUUCCCCACGGAGGACCAUCUGAUGAUUCAUCGUCACAAACAUGAGAUGACCCUUAAGUUCCCCUCCAUAAAGAACGACAGCAUGUUAUCAGACCAGACGCCGACUCCAACCCGUUUCUUGAAGAACUGUGAAGAGGUCGGACUGUUCAGUGACCUGGACUGCUCCAUGGAGCAGGACUUUUGCAAAGCGCAAGAAGAGGAGGACAGCAAACAGAACAUCUCACUGCAUGGCCAAGCGGGUCAAGGUCAGCACCAGCAGUCCCACACACGGAUGGCCAACCACGAUACCAGCAUAGUGAUCCAGCAGGCCCUUCCCUCCCCUCAGUCCAGCUCCGUCAUCACUCAGGCGCCCUCCACCAACAGACAGAUAGGGCCUGUCCCUGGCUCUCUGUCCUCGCUGCUGCACCUACGAAACAGACAGAGACAGCCUCUGCCAGCCUCCAUGCCUGGAACCCUGCCAGACCCGACCAUGCCUGGCUCCUCGGCCGUGUUGAUGCCCAUGGAGAGGCAAAUGUCCAUGGGUUCGAACAUGAUGGGCAUGCAGAGCCCCGCCCACAGCAACUCGUGCUCCUCCACGCACAUUCCCUCAAUGCACUCCGAAGCCAAACUGAGGCUGAAAGCUGCCCUUUCCCACCACCCUGGUGCCAUCCCCAACGGCAACAUGAACUCCAUGGGCCACAUGAUGGAGAUGAUGUCAACGAGGCCGGAGCAGGGCAGCCAUCAUCACAUGCACUCGCACGCGCACCAGCACCUGCAAGCACCCCCCCACACGUACCAGCACCAUGGACACCACCACCACAGCCACGGCCAGGGCGCGCACCACCACCCGCAGGCACACAACCCUCAUCACAACUCCCACAAUCCUCACCUCCUGCCGGGGCACCCGCACCAGACCUCACCGCACCCUCCUAUGCACUCCGCCUCACAGAUGUCGCCUGCGACCCAGCAGGUGCAGCCCACGCAGACGCUGCAGUCCCCCCCGCCCAGCGGCGGGCGGCGCAGGCGGGUCGUGGACGAGGACCCGGACGAGCGGCGGCGAAAGUUUCUGGAGCGAAACAGGGCGGCUGCGACGAGAUGCCGGCAGAAGAGAAAAGUGUGGGUGAUGUCCUUGGAGAAGAAAGCCGAGGAGCUCACUCAGACUAACAUGCAGCUUCAGAAUGAAGUGACCAUGCUAAAGAAUGAGGUGACUCAACUCAAGCAGCUUCUGCUCACACACAAGGACUGCCCCAUCACCACUAUGCAGAAAGAGUCCCAAGGUUACCUCAGUCCAGAGAGCAGUCCGGCAGCCAGUCCAACCCCAGCGUGCUCCCAGCAGCAGCAGGUCAUCCAGCACAACACCAUCACCACCUCCACCACGACUGUAGGGGGCGGCGCUGUUCACGGACAGGCCAACCACCGCACAGACAUUAACCCUAUUCAUUAG